CCUAGUUAAUUCCUAUCCCUAAAUGUACCCAUCUAGGAUAGAUUCCCUGGGCAGUAAUCACAAUUAUUUAUGAGAUUCUUUGAUUAAUGUGUGCCUUUCCUUCAGACUGAGCUCCAUGACAAAAGGGGUUACACCCUUUUCCCCUGUCUCCACUAUAUCUCACACUUGGCCUGGAAUGAAUGAAGUCUACCAUAAAUGUUGAGUGAAGAAAGCACAAAUAAAUGCAAGAGUAUAAUCUCUAUCUGGGAGACGUGGUAUACAGGAAAGUGAACAAAGUAUGAGUGGAGUGUUUAACAUGGGGAGCUGACUUGGUUUGUAGAGGAUGUGAAGGAUGACCUGGCAUUACCUGCGGGAAGGGUCAGGCUGCUGGAGAGUAUCCUAGGCAGAGAGUAUCCGUUAAAAAGAUCCUAAGGUUGGAGCAGAGUAGUUCAUACAGAGACAACAGCAGGUAUAAAGAUCCCGAGUUAGCAUCGUAGAGGGAACGGAAAGAAGGCCAGAAUGGCUAAAUCAAGAAGGGUGGCAUAAUGUAAGGCCAGCAGGAAAUUACAGCAUGCAAUGAAGUUAGGGAACAUGCUGGUUUUGGGGCAGAAUAUGACCGCUUAGCAAGAAUACAGUGUCUGUAGGGGGUACAACUAAAAUAAUAACCCAUUUUGGCAUGUUGAGGUGGCCUUUCAGGGUCCUUUGCUAAUAAGUUUUGGUAAUCACUGGGUCCCAGAAUGGAGUGAUGAGCAAAAAGAUGCCUGCCCCAAGGUCCAAGAAAAGGAAGACUUCCCCUUUGAUUCUUUUUCUGAAUUUUCUCGGUGACUCUAUCCUUCUAUAUUAAUUUCAGAAUCACUUUAUCAGGUUUUAAAAGAAAUCCUGUUGGGAUUAUGAUUGGAAGUGAUUUAAUGUAGUUACUGAACAUGGCCUUUGGAAUUCUGACAGAUCUGGUUUGGAAUCCAAAUUCAUUCAUCCACUACCUUGUGACCUUGGUAGAGAGAAUUAUUCUCUUAGCCUUGUUUUCUCAUUUGGGGAGAAGAAAAUUCAGAGGAUUAUAGUGAAGACUGAAUGAAGGGGUGUGUAUUUUACAUCCCAAAACUUAUUUUUUUAACUUGUUAUGUUUCUCAGUAAAAGUUUAUUUUUAAAAAAUAAAGGUCUGGGUUUCCUUUUCCUCUUGUUAGGUUUUGCUUUAGUUUGUUUGCUUACUUGUUUGUUUCUUUGGGGUUUUUUGUUUGUUUGUUUUUUGCUUGUGUGUACUCCUAUUCCCCCUGUACUCAUGUCUUAUGCAGGACAGGCAGCAUUGCUCUGGUGCCUGAGGGCAAGUUACUUACUCUUUCAAAAUCUGUUUCCUCAGCAUUCAAACUUCAUUGUAUAGUGUGGAUUGAAAGAAGAAAUAUAUGCCACUUACCCAGUGGGCAUUCAGUAAAUGAUGGCUGGUAUUAUUACUGGCAAGCAGGUUUGUUGGUUUAAAGGAGAGCCUUUGACUGGGCCAAGCUCACUCAUGGUUCUCUUUGUUUCUUCCCUCAGCCUCUGCCCUUCACUGAGAGGGAGCCCAGGUGAUGGCAGCCAUGCCCCUGAACUCCUGGCACCAGGAUAUCAAGUUCCCAGACCUGCCCUGAUCUCGCUUCUGGAGGCAGGGAAUUUGCCAUGGGGCCUGGAGGCACAGGAUAACCUAUCUGCAGAGAGGACCAAAGACAUCUGUGAAGAUACUGAGACCAACAUUAACAGUGAGUCCACAUCAACACAGGGAAUUUCUGAAGAAAGAGAUGUCAUGUUGUCACAUGGUUUGCAGAAGAGUGUUCUUCAGGGAACCAACUUGCUAGAAACCAGUGAACUGGAGAAACACCAGGAAAUCUCCACAGUAAAAAAUAUUAAAGGAAAGGCUCCAAGAAUCCACUGUGCAAGGAAACCCUUCAUAUGUGAGGAGUGUGGGAAAUGCUUCAGUUAUUUUUCUUACUUUGUUAGACACCAGAGAAUUCACACCGGGGAGAAACCCUUUGAGUGUAAUGAGUGUGGAAAAGCCUUUAAUGGCAAUUCUUCAUUAAUCCGGCACCAGAGAAUCCACACUGGAGAGAAACCCUAUCAGUGUGAAGAAUGUGGAAGAGCCUUUAAUGAUAAUGCAAAUCUGAUCAGGCAUCAGAGAAUCCACAGUGGAGACAGACCCUAUCUCUGUGGAGAGUGUGGAAAUAGUUUUACCAGUAGUUCUGAGUUUGUUAUACAUCAGAGAAUCCACACUGGGGAGAAACCUUAUGAGUGUAAUGAGUGUGGAAAAGCUUUUGUUGGUAAUUCACCACUGCUUCGACAUCAAAAAAUCCACACUGGAGAGAAACCCUAUGAAUGUAAUGAAUGUGGCAAAAGCUUUGGAAGGACUUCUCAUCUUAGCCAACAUCAACGUAUUCACACAGGGGAAAAGCCUUAUUCUUGUAAAAUAUGUGGGCAGGCCUUCAAUUUUCAUACAAAACUAACUCGGCACCAGAGAGUCCACAGUAUAGAGAAACGCUUUGACUGUGUAGAUUGUGGAAAAGGCUUUAGUGCUCAGGAACAAUUAAAAAGGCAUCUAAGGAUCCAUAUUCAGGAGUCUUCCUCUUUAUGUGCUGAGUGUGGAAAAGUCUUCACUAGCAAAAGAAAUCUUCUUCAGCAUCAAAGAAUCCAUACUGGCCAGAAACCCUAUGAGUGUGUCAAGUAUGAAAAAACCUUUAGGACUUCUUCCAAGCUAGGUCAUCAUGAACAUGUCUACCCCGGAGAGAAACCUGUCCUGGACAUUUGUCAUUUUGGCCUCCCAGAAUUUUUCACCCCCUUUUACUGCUCCAGGCCUUCUCUGAGAGGGAGAGCAGGUAAUGGCAGCCAUGCUCCUGACAGCCUGGCCCCAGAAGUCGGUGACCUUCGAGGACGUGGCUGUGUACUUCACUCAGACGGAAUGGAAUGGCCUGUCCCCUGCACAGAGGGCCCUGUACAGGGAUGUGAUGCUGGAGAAUUAUGGAAAUGUGGCCUCCCUGGGAUUUUCGCUUCUCAAACCUGCUGUGAUAUUGCAACUGGAGGGAGCAGCGUUGCUACAAGUUGUUGGAUCCUAUGCCUUUUCCUUUUAGAUAUUGAGAGCCAGACUGACAAUAACUUGACAAAGGAAAUAUAUAAAGAAAAACAUAAUACAUCAUUUGAACUUCAGAGGGACUUUUUCCAGGAAACAGACUUUUCAGAAGCCUGUAUCCUAGAGAAACAGCAGGAAGUCCAUUUAGUAGGAAGCAUGAAGAAAGAAAACAGCAGCAUCAUUGAUGCAAUGGUGAAAGACAACACCAGCCCCGUGGAGGAAUGUUUCUUUAGUCAGAGUACAAACUUCUUUCAUUGUCACACCGUCACCACUGGACAGCAGCCCCUUGAACAUAUGGGAUUGGAGAAAGGCUUCAGGUUUGAUACAAAACUUAUUCAGCAUGAACUAAUUAAUUCUGGGGAAAGAACUUUUAAAUGUGAAGAAUUAGUGGAAACCUUCAGGUGUAACUCUCAGCAUCAAAACAGCUACACUGGGGGAAAGCCCUAUGAGUGUAAGGAGUGUGGCAAAGCCUUUAGCAUUAAUGCAAAAUUAAUUUGGCAUCAAAGACUUCAUAGUGGGGAGAAGCCCUUCAAAUGUGUGGAGUGUGGGAAAAGCUUCAGUUACAGUUCCCAUUAUAUCACACAUCAGACCACCCACAGCGGGGAGAAGCCCUAUCAGUGUAAGGUGUGUGGGAAAGCCUUCAGCGUUAAUGGGAGUCUGAACAGGCAUCAGAGAAUCCAUACAGGGGAGAAGCCCUAUCAGUGCAAGGAGUGUGGAAAUGGCUUCAGCUGCAGUUCCGCAUAUAUCACACAUCAGAGAGUCCACACUGGGGAGAAGCCUUACGAGUGCACGGACUGUGGGAAAGCUUUCAAUGUUAAUGCCAAAUUAAUUCAACAUCAGAGAAUCCACACUGGAGAGAAACCUUAUGAAUGUAAUGAGUGUGGGAAAGGCUUCAGGUGCAGUUCCCAGCUUAGGCAGCAUCAGAGCAUCCACACUGGGGAGAAGCCUUAUCAGUGUAAGGAGUGUGGAAAAGCCUUCAGUAAUAAUGCAAAACUCAUUCAGCAUCAAAGAAUCCACACAGGUGAGAAACCCUAUGAGUGUACUGAAUGUGGAAAAGCCUUUAGUGUCAAAGGGAAGUUAAUCCAGCACCAGAGAAUCCACACGGGUGAGAAACCCUAUGGUUGUAAUGAGUGUGGGAAAGCCUUCAGGUGUAACUCUCAGCUGCGGCAGCAUCUGAGAAUCCACACCGGGGAGAAGCCUUAUGAGUGUAAUGAGUGUGGAAAGGCCUUCAACGUUAAUGCAAAACUAAUGCAACAUCAGAGGAUUCACACUGGGGAGAAACCCUUUGAAUGUAAUGAGUGUGGGAAAUGCUUUACUUCUAAAAGAAACCUACUUGAUCAUCAUCGAAUCCAUACUGGAGAAAAGCCUUACCAAUGUAAGGAAUGUGGGAAAGCCUUCACUAUCAAUGCUAAACUAACUAGGCAUCAGAGAAUACACACUGGGGAGAAACCUUUCAAAUGUAUGGAAUGUGAAAAAGCAUUUAGCUGUAGUUCUGACUAUAUUGUACAUCAGAGGAUCCAUACUGGAGAGAAACCCUUUCAAUGUAAGGAGUGUGGAAAAGCCUUCCAUGUUAAUGCCCAUUUAAUUCGGCAUCAGAGAAGCCACACUGGGGAGAAACCCUUUAGAUGUGUGGAGUGUGGAAAAGGGUUCAGCUAUAGUUCUGAUUGUAUAAUACAUCAGACUGUCCAUACUUGGAAGAAACCCUUUGUGUGUAAUGUGUGUGGGAAAGCCUUCAGGUUUAGCUUCCAACUUAGUCAGCAUCAAAGUGUCCAUGGUGAAGGCAAAUCUUAAUGAGGAGGACGUGGCAGAAAACUCUCAAGGUUAAUGAAAUGGAUCAAGUAUCAUCAGAUUCCCCCUGGUAGAAAACCCUGAGAGGGAAAUGAAUGGGGCAUCUUCACAUGGAAACAAAUCUUUCCCAUCUUUUAAAAUCAAGAAUGAGGACUGGUUAAAAAGUAACAUCCAAAAAUGAAUAGCUUGUUCUACACCAACAACCAAUUAGAAAGUAUAAUGAAAGAAAGGAUCCCAUUCCCAACAGCAUCAAGAAAAGUGGAUUUUCUUGGGAUAAACUUAAUUAUUAUACACAGGUCUAUGGAGAAGUAAAUCUCCAGUAAGGGCCACAAAAGGAAAAAUUAAUGGGGGAGAGAGAGAAACCUUGUUGUUAGCCAGGAAAACUCAAGAUAUUCACUCUACCUAAAUUUACUUCCCUUUGACAACAAGCAUGUAUCACUUUUGUAAAGAGGAUGAACAAUAAAAAUUUCCUUAGAAAAGAUGA